AUGGGUGAAAGAAAUAGCACAGCUGUGACGUAUUUCAUUCUGGUUGGGCUUUCAGAGCACCCUAGAGCCCAAAUCAUCUUCUUCUGUCUGCUGCUAGUAGUCUAUCUUAUCAUAUUGUUUGGGAACAGCUUCAUUCUCUUCUUGGUCCAGUAUGAUAGCAGGCUCCACACCCCUAUGUAUUUCUUCCUUAGCAAUCUGUCAUUUCUGGAUAUCUGUUUCACCUCAUCCAGCAUCCCUCAGACGAUCAUCAACUGUCUAGUCAGAAUGCCCAUCAUUUCCGCUGGCCGGUGCAUGGCCCAGAUGUGUACCCUUCUCUACUUGGGGGUUGUGGAGUGCCUCUUGCUGGCUGUCAUGGCCUACGAUCGUUGCAUAGCAAUUAGUGACCCCUUGCGCUACGCAGUAAGGAUGCACGACCGGUUCUGCAUCCAGCUGGCAGGAUUAUCCUGGCUUUUAGCCUUUUUCCUCUCAGUAGUACCAACCCUGGCCACACCAAUGGAGGUAUGUAGCCACAUCAUCAACCAUUUCUUCUGUGAGGUCUUGGCCAUCAUUAAGCUUUCUUGCAGUGACCUACGGUUGAAUGAAUUGCUGAUGAUGGCCACUAGCUCCCUGACUCUCCUGGCUCCCUUUGUCUUCAUCCUUGCCUCUUAUGGGCGCAUAAUCGGGGCCGUGCUGAAGAUUCGCUCAACUGAGGGCAGAAAGAAGGCUUUCUCCACCUGUAGCUCCCACCUCACGGUGGUGGUCAUCUUCUAUGGAACAGCCAUUGCCAUGUACAUGAUGCCCCAGGACAAGACCAGCAGAGAGCAGGAUAAACUUGCCUCCCUUUUAUAUGGUGUUGUAACUCCUAUGCUCAAUCCCCUCAUCUACAGCCUUCGGAACAAAGAUGUGAGAGAGGCCCUAAAGAAAUUACUGGGAGAGAAGAAAGUCUUCUAAGAACUCCUUCAAUCGCUUUUCUGAAAGUUGAAGGACAGGGGCUGACUAAACCUUAUCUCAGUGGAGAGAGGGCUGGCUUUGAAACUAUCAAGUCCUGGGCUCAAGCUGCCCUCUGUACACAUAUCUGUUUCCUGGGCAAAUCAUUUAUCUUUCCAUUGCUCUAGAAAAUGCUCCAAGACAAAUAAAUCACAGAGAAGGUACAAAAAGCAUAAUAAAAGGAAGUUCCUCACUUGGGGGCUCCCCAUACCAAUAAAACAAAAAAAAAAUCUAGUUUCCUAUUUAUAUUCUAAUGGUUGAAACCGGAAGAAAUAUUGAAUUUCAAUACAG